CUUUUCUCUCUCUUUUUUUUUUACAAGAUGCUUAAGAACUUCGUCUUGAUUUGUGCCGUGAUUCUUCAUACAACACAUGGUUUUCCUACGAAAACAAAAUAUCAUAAGAGCCCAACUGUACAAGGUAUCCUUCCUGUCUCUUCGCCUGCUUUUCUCCCUCCAUUUCCUCUGCAUGGUGUUGCCCCAGCUAGUUUCAAUACAGCCAACUAUCCUGAACCAUGGCGAGUUCCCGAUACACAACAUCCUGAAGUCCAAGCUGCUAUUCGAGCCAUUGACUGGGACUAUGUACCUCGCUUUGAACCACAACAUGUUGAUAGUGCUCAAUAUGACUCUAUGACAGACGAAGCUUGUUGGUGGUCAUUUACUCAAUGUACUAGACCUAAAGUAAGUUACUUGCCAGACGAUGUAAAGACAUGUCCACAACCUGGUGAUUUUGGCUUGAGUUUUGAUGAUGGGCCUUUAUUGCCCACACAUUCUCAAGAGACUCGUUUAUACGACUUCCUUGCGAGUGAAAGACAAACAGCCACUUUAUUCUAUAUUGGCUCUAAUAUCAUAUCGUUUCCUGGUGCUGUGCUUCCUGCUUUGCAGUCGGGCCAUACUCUAUGUGCGCAUACUUGGUCUCAUCCACACAUGACGUCGCUGAGUAAUGAAGAAGUUGUAGCUGAAUUGUAUUGGACUAUGCGUGCAAUCAAAGAAGCGGCUGGAGUCACUACGCGUUGUUGGCGUCCAAGUUAUGGUGAUGUGGAUGAUCGUGUUCGUGCCAUUGCUCAUCAACUUGGAUUACAUACAAUCGUUUGGGAUAGCGACUCAUUCGAUUGGGGAGUGCCGUCUGCUAGCAACAACUUUGGAGGUACAACUACUCAAGAGGAUGUGGAUGGCUAUUUCGAGAGUUGGAUUGAAGCAAGAAAACAAGGUGGAGAAGCACAUGGUCGUAUUGCGUUGCAACAUGAAAAUAGUGACCAAACCAUUGCUAUAGCCAUGAAAUGGUUAAAUAGGUUAAAAGGAGUCUUUCGAGUUCAAAAGAUUCAUGAUUGUGAGCCUCGAUUACCUAGUCCUUACUGGGAGGCAUAAAAAUAAAGCAUGCAUGUUGAACCAAAGACGUG